AUGAAUCAGAGCCGGAAGAAGGAGACGAAGAGGAAGAAGAAGGAGAGGAGGAGGAAGAAGAAGGAGACGAAGAGGAAGAAGAAGGAGACGAAGAGGAAGAAGAAGGAGACGAAGAGGAAGAAGAAGGAGACGAAGAAGAAGGAACGUCAGACAAAUAAAGAUCUAAAGCCACAUCUGAUGAUCGGCUGGAACUUCUCUGAAGUUCUAGUUCCGGUUCACCUGAAAAAUAUCUAA